AAAGAAUGAAAAGAGAUGUACUUUUAGAGUUCUGUAACUUCAAAUCAACACAGAUUCCCAUUUCCCAAGUUGAUUUUGAUUGAUUUUUCCACUUCCUUGUACUUUAUCCACCCCAUCUUCAAUUUCCCUUUCUCAUACACUUCUAACUAAAACCAGAAUUACAGCUCCCUUUACUCUAAUCUAAUCAUACCCCUACUCUUUUCCUUCUCAAUCUUUGAAUUUUUCCUCUUCCUUUUCGCAAUUCCUUACCAAUCUGGGGUUUGCUUCUUUUCUGGCGGGAACUCUUCAGCUGGCUGGAUGGAACCAACUUUCAUUUAAAACAUUUCUUUUUUCUUUUAAAUAAAAAAUUCCUUUUGUGUUUCCAUUAUAUUCUGUAGGAACCAAAGAAAGGUGUGAAAAUCGGAAAUUUUUUAUUUUAAAAUUGAUGGCGAACCCACCGGGGAACCAUCAACAAGAAGCGAAUCAAGCGUCAUCUUUUAAUGGAGCUCACUUGAACAACGGGAAUCCUGUACCAGAGACCUCAGGUUCGGGUAUGAAGCAUAACCCUGGUAUUUCCUUGGAUUGGACCUUGGAAGAGCAAGCUAUCCUCGACGACGGCUUAAAAAAAUAUGCGUCAGAGCCAAGCAUAAUUCGAUAUGCAAAAAUCGCCCUGCAGUUACAAAAUAAGACAGUCCGGGAUGUGGCUUUGCGGUGCAGAUGGAUGACGAAAAAGGAAAAUAGCAAGAGAAGGAAGGAAGAACAUAAUAUAGCCAGGAAAAGUAAAGACAAAAAGGAAAGAGUUGCUGAUCCCACGGCAAAGCCUACUCAGUUUGCAGCUCGACCUAAUCUUUCUCCUUAUGCACCCCCAAUGGUUCCUAUGGACUAUGAUGAUGGUAUUCCAUACAGAGCUAUUGGUGGGGUGACAGGAGAACUUCUAGAGCAGAAUGCUCAUGCCUUCAAUCAAAUAUCUGCAAAUCUUGCAGCUUUUCAGAUACAGGAAAAUAUUGGUCUUCUCUGCCAAACUCGUGACAACAUUCUCAAAAUCAUGAACGAGUUGAAUGACAUACCAGAUGUAAUGAAGCAGAUGCAAGUACUUCCAGUGAAACUGAACGACGAGCUAGCUAACACCAUACUUCCCCCGUCAUCCCAUCCCAUGCUUUCAUGAUGCUCUGCCUCCUGCUUAGUUUCCGAUAAACGAGCGGGGGGUUGUGCUAGAGAAAAUAACCGCCGAUAAGGUCGACUCUCUUUCCAUUAAAUUUUAAGAAUAAACUGUGUUCCCCUCGCUUUUCUUGCAUGUGGAAGGCUUGCUUUUGUACUCUCUAUAGUUUGUUCGUUUUAGGGCUUUGCAUGGGGGUUUUAUAUUACAUAAAGGAGUAGAGUUCAAAUCUUAUAUUUUAUUUCUCUCUGUUUGUAUAGUUUUCGUUUCUUUUGUAUUUUGAAGUUUACAAGUGAACUUUUAAGAGGUUGACAUUUCUUUUAAAUUUAUUUUUAAUAACCACUUAAAUUAACAUUGUACAAAUGUAUUACUUACAAUUAUUAGAAUUUUCUUUUUGCUCUCA